AUGGCCGCUAAGAAGCGAGCUUCAGUAACAGACACCACCACAAAACCCGAACCGGAAAAACCUAAACCCGAAACCAACCAAACGGAUCCUCUGAUUCGGCCGGCGAAAUUCUUCACAAUCUCUAAAUUCUUCCUCGUAUUCUCGAUCCCAUAUUUUUUUUUGAUUCUCUCUUACUACAAAAUUGAACACGACCUAAAAAAAUCGAUCUUGAUUAAUGCGGUGAUCAGCUGUGUGGGUUUCUUCAUUACAGUGAGCUUGAUUCCUGUGGCGUCGAAGUAUGUGUCGAGAAGGAAUUUAUUUGGUUAUGAUAUUAACAAGAAAGGCACUCCUGAUGGAUCCAUCAAAGUGCCGGAAUCUUUGGGUAUUGUAGUCGGGAUAGUUUUUCUAGUACUUACGAUCUUGUUUCAAUACUUCAACUUCACCGCCGAUUCAAAUUGGCUCGUUGAAUACAAUGCUGCGCUAGCAUCAAUUUGCUUCAUGAUUCUGCUCGGAUUCGUGGAUGAUGUCCUCGACGUACCUUGGAGAGUGAAAUUAGUGCUGCCGUCUAUUGCAGCGCUUCCAUUGUUGAUGGCCUAUGCUGGGCAUACAACUAUCAUCAUACCAAAGCCACUCGCUCCAUAUGUUGGAUUCGAUAUUUUAGAUUUAGGGUGGAUAUAUAAGCUGUAUAUGGGGCUCUUGGCUGUAUUCUGCACUAACUCGAUUAACAUUCAUGCUGGUCUCAACGGGCUCGAAGUUGGACAGACAGUUGUUAUUUCUUGUGCUAUCUUAAUACACAAUAUCGUACAAAUUGGAGGGUCGUCCGAUUUUGAGUACAAGCAAGCGCAUGCAUUCUCGAUUUACCUUAUUCAGCCGUUGUUGGCUACUUCGUUAGCUUUACUUUCGUUUAAUUGGUAUCCAUCUUCGGUUUUUGUCGGUGACACCUACACUUACUUUGCUGGAAUGACAAUGGCUGUAGCUGGCAUUUUAGGCCAUUUCAGUGAAACACUUCUGAUAUUUUUUGCUCCACAAGUUCUCAACUUCUUGCUUUCACUCCCUCAGCUGGCUGGUAUUAUACCUUGUCCACGUCAUCGUCUGCCUAGGUUCGACCCCAAAUCAGGCCUAUUAACAGGGACGAACGACGGGACCCUCGUGAACUUAUUCUUAAGACAGUUUGGAAGAAAAACAGAGAAGUCACUCUGUAUACUAUUAUUAAUUUUCCAGGCUUUAUGCUGCGGAUUCUGUUUUUUGCUACGGUGGUUCCUUACAGGUUGGUAUAAAUGAAGGAUUAAAUAGGUUAUAGCCUUAACUUUGUUGUCGAUUUUUUUUUUUUUUUUUUUUUUUUUUUUUUUUUUUUUUUUAUGUCGAAAGAAGAAAUUUUGUUGUGUAGUUAAUUAUACGAGCAAUAUUGCCGAUCUUUUGAACAAUGCACGUAUGCAACUACUAUUAUCCUGAUCCAUUUUCUUGUUUAUUAUUAAUUUCUACUUCCACGAGCAA